AUGGCUAUCCCAAUGCUGGGGUCGCUGGCGGCACUGGUACUGGCCAUCUUUGUCAUGGUAGGCUCCACAUCCAAUUCCGCCCCCAUCAACGACCUCUACUUUCUGAGAAUCGACACGACAAACCUGUCUGUGUCGUCAGUGGUUCCGGACAUUAACGGCGUCGACGUGUCGUCCACCGUCAACUCCAUCGCCCACGAGGUCGGCAUCUCCGACUUUUACACCUCGGGCCUGUGGAACUACUGCACCGCCAAGAAGCCCGACCCCAACAACGAAAACCUCAUGAACUACACCUUCUGUGACAAGCCCAAAGCCAUGUACUGGUUCAACCCGGAGGAGAUUCUAAGCGAAAGUCUGUCCCAGGGCCCUUCGCUGACCAGCGAGCUCUCUGCCGUCAUGCCCGAGGACGUGAAGAAGUAUCUGGACAUUCUGGCCGGCGCCUCCAAGGCCAUGUUUGUGUGCUACCUCGUCGGCACGAUUUUCGCCUUCCUGACGUUUGUGCUGGGCUGGUUCACCUUCUAUUCCCGAGGUACCACCUGCUGCGUCGCCACUUUGGCUCUCCUGACGUUUCUGCUGCUGCUGGUGUCUUCGGGUAUAUCCACCGGAACGUACAUGAUUGUGCGAGACGCGUUCAACAACAACCUGAGCGAGUUUGGCAUCCGGGGCUCGCUCAACACGAAAAUGUACGGCAUCACGUGGGGCGCGGCUGUGGCCGCUGCCUGGGCGUGUUUCGGCUGGUUCUUUGCCAUUUGCUGCGGAAACACAGACCGAGUCAAGGUUGUGACCGAAGAGAAGCAGCCGUUCAUCGGCUAUGUUCCUGAUCCUUACCAGCCCCAUGGUCAUCAGGAGGGACAUAGAAUCUAA